GCUCCGAGAUUAAUUGAUGAGGUUCUGCAGGAAGCUGUUGAGUCAAAUCAGCACACAAGUACUCGCGAACUUGCCAGGGAGUGUGAUGUGUCGAAAGAUAUUCACCAUCUACUCGCCAUGGGGAAAGCGCAUGAAGCUACCCUUAGUCUGCUCAACAGCCGCCUACCAUCUUUCUCCAUCUUCUAUAAGGGUAACAGGAAUCCUCAGUUGUCUAAGAUCCCUCCAUCCGUCCUUCAGCCUACCACUUCGCCGCACACCUUCCGGAACGCUAAUAUACUAUUUAUGAGCCACUCUUUCCUAGCUUAUCCUCAUCACACGGCCAAGCCACUUAAGCAUUAA